AUGCGCGAGAUGUCCUCGAAAUUCAUUGAAAUCCUCGACGUCCACGAUGCCACCCCGCGCAUCUCCGACUCAGACGUGCGCCUCGAAGACGUCCUCGCCGACCACGAGGCCUUUGUCUCGCCGUCCGCCUCAUCAACCGUCAAUUCCAACUCCUCCAAGGUCAGCCUCGACAGGGAACGCGUGGACCGUGCUUCAACCUCCCCGUCCCCGUCCCCGACAAGUCCAACUUCGCCCGCGCAGCGGUGGAAGAGGCUGAGCAAUAUCCUCACUGCUACGAAACGGCUGCCGGUUUGA